GCUAUCCAAAAGGUUGGAUAUGGCCUAAACUCUAUUGAACUCAUAUCGCAAGGAGAGACGAUGAAGAUUAUAACACCUAGCCUUGACAUUUCCGCGGAGGCAUGAUUUCGAUUCACUAGAGGAUAGAUACCUUAUAUGCUUAUACCUAUAUACUAUAGUAUAUGUGGCAUUGUAAGUUGUCCAUCACGAUGACAUCAUGGCAACGAAGCACUAGCUGGUGUCUAUGAUCCAAUGCUGCAUAUUGGUGUGAAAGAUGUGAGGAGGUGCUCGAGUUUAUAUAUUGUCCAACCGGAGCAAGCCAUUCCCAAUGUAAAGCAAUACUGAGUACACGCUCAAAUAGGCCCAUCGUCCAACAAACACCACCUUACGAGACAUUAUAUCAGAUUACUACCUACGUUAUGUCGUCGUUAUUUCAGCAGACUGCAGCUGACAGCACCGAAAAACCGCCGCUGACCAAGCACCAUACUGCGCCCGGCCCUGGCAGCGGACUGGAUGAGAAUCCCAUUACUCGGUCCGCAACCCAGCCUCAGGGGGACAAAGCUGAUACUACUACUACCAGUCAGCAGGCUGGAACUGUAAAGAGGUCGAUGUCUCACCCGGCUGAGGCGAAGAGCGGUGUUGGAGGGGAAAGAGAAUAGUGGUGUUGGGCAUUGUGCGACGUAGAACCUGUAAUCUUAAGGCCAGGGGGAAUAGGACAUCUUGACUGUAAUAACAGCUCCUAUUAGUAAAUUUCUCAAUAUCGGGCUAAUACAUCCUAAGAAGAGAAGGCCUUAGGGGGGUUCUAUCAAUGAAAGUGAAAAACGCGUAUUAGCCUCAGUUAAUGUUCUUUAUAAUCUACCUGAUAAUGGAGUCAUAAUGUCAGAGUAACAGCGUCAAUUGUGUUAGUUAUGUACAAGCUUCUUAGCUGGCAUCUAUUUCUUAGGCUCCUCCUUCUUCUCCUCAGGCUUAGGUUUCGGUAGUUUAAAGGACUCGGGAGUGCGGUCGUCACCGGGACCAACUGGCUCCCAAGCUG